UUUACAUUCACGCAUAGCUGGUACUGCGGACCGCUGCUAUAUCUCGUACAACCAUUCUGGAAGUAUGGACGAAGAAAUUUUUGCCGACUAUGUCCGAAAAGAAAUCUUUCCCAACAUGAUAAUCGAAAAGAAUGUUAUUUUUGUCGAUGGGCAUUUUUCUCAUCUGAACAACCUGCGGUUUCUAAUGGAUUGCACCGAGAACUGUAAGGACAUCAAGGUGAUCUGCUUGCCAGCUGGCCAAACUAGCCACUUACAACCCCUUGACGUUAGCGGAUUUGGGCCUGUUAAAAAGCGAUGGCGCAACUAUUUGCGGUCUGUGUCCAUGCAAGUUUCCACGAAGGUAGAUAAGCAGUGCUUCGCGCUUCACCUCGUGGAGAUCCUUCCUCUGUUCAACUUAGAAAAGAAUAUUAUUUCGGGCUUUCGGCGUGCGGGUAUUUUUCCUUUUGAACCGAGUGAAGUUUGCAAAUUGCUGAACACAAAGGAAGUAGCACCAGCUGUCACAGUUGUCCCUUCUGCCGACGAAAUGUUCAAAAAACAAUUUGAUAAUAUCGAAAAAAACUUGAAAGAGAUCUACUCGUUAUCUCGGGCAGAUGUGCAGUGGUAUAUGAAAUCGAUGCGAGAGAGGGCGGCUGGAUACAUUCCAACGGAAAGCGCGGCAGAAACAGCAUUAAAUGUCGGAAACGCUUUGCUUGCAUCUCGACCGCCCAAAGUGCGCCUUCCCAAAGAUGCCCGCCUUUCCACUGCGGGAGGACGCGUGCUCACCGAGUCUUCUUUUAUGGAUGCAUUGCGUGACCGCGAGAAGGAACGGGUGCAGAAGAGAAGAAUGAAGAAAUCAAAUAAUUCUUGAGAAUCAGUGGCCGAAAGCAUCAGUCGGGGUUAUCUCAUUUUUUUUGCCAAAUUUUGGAAGUUUUCGGUUCGAGUUCGUGAAAGCGCUUAUUAACGAUUAAUGAAUACUUGCCUUGUAAAUUUAUUUCCUGUACAGGUUAGUUUUUAUGAAGUUUAGGUUUUUGAUUUUUUUAGAGAUCUAUAUGCAGAGAUUUAUGUGUGGUUUCUGUAGAGAUUUAUGAAUGUAGCAGUCAUCAGUGAUCCCGGAACUCAUAAAUUCAUAUCGUU